UUAAGGCUUCUCAAAAAGAACUAGAUAGGGGACAGUUUUAUAUCAUUUAUAUAUUAUUCCUUUAUAACAUUGUAAAAGCUAUAUAAAAUUAGGUGUGCAUGUAAUAUUUAAAAAUGAGUUUGACCUUAAUUAUUGUGAUUAAACAAGAAAAAAUAACACCUUUUAGAUAAAUGUCAUUCUCUGAGCAGUCUUAACUUAAGAGAAAUAAAUGUGUAUAUUUUCAGUAAAUGUUUCUUAAAGUUAACUUUAUUGUUACAGACAGUAGGAAAUGAUAAAAGAUUGUAUGCUAAUAUUAUAAAAUAUAUGCAGUCUACUAUAUUUUUUUAUAUAUUGUAUACUUUAUUUAUAUAAGUCAUCUAAACUAGUCAAAAAUAAACUUUUGGUAAGAACAAAUUCAGAGAUCUGGGAGAUUUCUAUCCUAAUUUAUUAUCCUUCAGUAAAUUACUCCACCGACCCUGAAAAUCAGCAACCAAUCAAGGUAAUUUUUUUAAUCUAUAUUAUUUACAAACUAGCUAGACAUCUGUCUAAAUUUCUCGGCUUCUAAUUGUUUCGCUCUUCAUCUAGAAGGAUUAAUUAUAGAUUUUUUUCAGAGCUAUUAAAAGUGUGUCGAAGGAGAUAUAAUUAAUAUACUUGUUUACCUCAUAAUGCUAAAUGGCAAACUACUUCAAGUUUAAUAAAUUUUCUUUUUCAAGUUUAUUGUAAUAUAUUCUGAUUAAAAAGUCAAAUUGAAAAUGAGAGGUUGAUUUAUUUUUAACAGAAGCUACAUGUAAAUCACAUGAAAAUUAAUACAUCUAAUAAUAAGCAAUACAGUGUAAUAAAUAAUACAAGUAUUUUUAGAAAUAUGAUUAUGAAGUUUUACUUCAUAUCGUUCUUUUAGCACAAAAUACAUUCUUUUUAGAUAUAGAAGAUUUCAAUUGAUUGCUAUGAAAUACAAAUUAAUAAAAUGCCCUGACAAGUGAAAUAGAUUAAUUAGUAUCUUUGUUGAGUCUUGUAUUCGGAAUAAAUUUAUACCCUAUAGUUUUAUUAUGACUCUUUUAAUAUAUUUUCAUCACAAAGAGAAAAGAAUGCUAGAAGUGAUCAAAGAUAAGUACUACCUAUUUAUAACCCUAUUAUUUAUCAAUAUAAAUUUAGUAUCUAGUAUACAUAUAUAUAAAUAUAGCAAAAUGCGAUUGCCUUAGGUAAUAUUUCUUAUUACUUUAUAAAAUAUUUUUAUAGAUUGAAGUUCAAACAACAAAUUUUUUUAUUUUAUAGUCUAAACAGUACGCGAACAAUCGUCAAUAAGUAUCUCAGUUUAUCAAUAGUCCUUUUUUUAUUGACGCGGAAUCAUGUGUUUUAACCAGUAAUAUAAGAAAACCACAUUUUAACUCAAUACAUUAACUAUCAAGUAGGAAGAAGAAUGCCCUACUCUGUAAUGAAUUUGAUCAUAUUUCUCAUUUCUAUCAAAUACGCACUGUCACUCUCCGACAUACAUUUACAUAGAGAAAUGGAAGAAGGAAGAAAGCGAAGUUUCAGGCUUUCGUUAAUAACGUCCUCAAUGAUAUCUGCUCUUAAGACGACAAAAGCUAAUAAAGUUGUUUUUUUUGGCAAUAAUACAUUUCUUGAGAAUGAUUUAAUUGAACGUACAAACAAAAUUGGAAAGACAGCUAUUUUUAGCAAUGGUCAAUGGUUAAACGAAUGGUCUUCCAAUCCGGAAAUGUAUGAAUAUGUUAUAUAUACUUCUAGUCUUAAUUAUGUAAAAGACACCUUGUUAAAGAGUCGUAAAUUAAAAAUACUUGGCCCAUUAUUUAAUUGGCUAAUUUACAUGGAAAAUUAUGAUUUUAAAGAAAUUGAGAAGGCCUUUACUAACUUACUAUACCCAGGUGAUAGUAUUUUAUUACUUAUUGAAAAUAACGGUAUCAUAGAAUACUAUCAAUGGUUCGUUGGAAACUUUAGAUUAAUUGGUCAUUUUACAAGAGAUAAAAUACGAAAAAAUGCUCCAUUUUUUCUCCCUUUUCAUGGUUUUUACGGGCGAGAAUUCACAAUUGUUGCUACUCCAUUGGAUUUCCUACAAUUUAGAAUUGUUAGAAAGGGAAAGGUGUUUUAUGUUGGAAUAUUUUUUAAUAUUUUUAAUAUGUUAGCUGAAAGACUAAAAUUCAGGUAUAGAAUAAUUGAACCUAAAGAAGCAGCUAUCGGAACUUUAAUUAACGGAACUUAUAAUGGAGCCAUGGGUAUGAUUUAUAGAAAGGAAGCUGAUAUUGGAGUUGGAGCUUUUACUGUUACGGCUCAGAGACUGAAAGCCGUAGAUUUUCUCUCAGUUACUCAAACAGAAGCCCUGACAAUUUUAAUGAAAAGGCCAAAUCCUCAAUUAUUGUCCAGUGUAUUUUUCACACAGACUUUUAAAAUUGAAGUAUGGAUGUGUUUUAUAUCUUCGGUUACGCUAAGCUUUGUAGCUUUAUUAUUUUUCUCGAAAUACAACUUAAAAGAAGAAGGAUUUGGUCUACGCGUCAAAUCUUUUGACGAAGACUAUUCUCUUUUUAGACACUGCUUUUGGUAUGCAUUUGGAGCGGCUAUUAAUCAAGGCGGAAUAUUACCAUCUGUUGGAAAGACAUCCGUAAGAGCUUUAGUAGGAUCUAUGUGGUUGACUUGGAUCAUGAUUACGGCUAUUUAUACUGGAAAUUUAGUAGCUAUUAUGAGCGUUAGAAAGUACAAGUUACCUGUCAAUAAUCUUGAGGAUGCUGUCUCAAAUAAAGAUUUUAAAUUAAUUAUUUUAGGAAAUUCUGGCCAUGAGACAAUAUUCAAAACAGCAGAUUCGGGAGUAUUCAAAAAAGCAUGGGAGAAAAUAAUCCAAGAUCCGCAAGAAAAUAUUGUACCUGAUCUAAAAACUGGUAUAGAAAAAGCUAAGCAAGAAAAUACCGGAUAUAUCAGUACUAGAUCCGUUGUUAAUUUAGUAUCUCAUCUAGAUUGUGAAUUAACAACAACCGACGAAAAGUAUGACUUUCUUCCAAACGGUGUCACAUUUGCUGUUCAAAAAGGGUGGGGCUAUCAAAAUCUUUUUAACAAGAUAUUGCUAGAAAUCAGUUUGGAGCCGGGAUUAAAUGAAAAAUGGCUCAGGACAUAUAAUUUAACGCAGAAUCCUAGCUGCAAAGAUUCUGAUUCGACAGAAUCUAAUGCAAUAGAUCUUGCAACAUAUUCUGGAUCUUUUUACAUAAUUGCGAUAGGAUUCGGACUUGCAUUGCUUUCAAUUACCAUCGAAUUUAUCAAGUCAUAUUUACACUUUAAAAAACUCCGAAGAACUAUUCAUUCAAAUUUUUAAUAAUUAUUUAUAGAAUACACUAUAUUUAUAUGAAAAGUCUUAUUUAUAGUUAGAACUCUCUUUUUGUUU